GAAAACCAACACCUUGGGGGGUCAACGAUCCACUGAAAAUCAAGAUCAAGACCAGCUCUAGAGGGAUUUAGCCGUUGUUCGCAGCUGAAGUUGAUGCAAGGUGAAACCAAGUACGUAGACUGAUGGCUGCUUCCCAAGUACAUGCAUGAUCAGGGCAUAUCAUGGCUGCAUUGAGCACAAGCACCCCCGAGUUUGGAUAUAGAUACAGAUGAUACAGAUAUGUGUCCGCUGCCGCCACUGUUGCAUCAAGAGUGUGGUUGUUUCCUUCCCCUGAUCCAUCAAGACCCUCAUCCACCGGACACCCAACUCUUGAGCUCCGUCCCAACUCUGGAGCUCCGUCCAUGUCGUUCCGGAGCGUUGCGAUCGUCGCGGUGGCUUCGGUGGGACUCCUCUGGUUGACGUUCCGCGCCAGUGCGCCGUGGGACGGGACGCCGGUGGAGGUUCCACGAAGCGGUGAGCCGGGGUCACCGGGCUCACCGGUGCGGACGGUGGACGGUCCUUCCGGACCUGGACAUCCGGAGCUGAAGCAAAUGGGUGAGGAGCAGGUGGUGCACUCAACGACCCAGACCGUGGAGAUGAGUGGCGAGGUGUUCCACCUAUCACCGAAGAGCCUCCGUGAGAGAGUGGAGCAUCCAUCGCCGAGGGACGAUGCCGGUCCAGAACUCGAUGAUCCCCGAGAGAAGAGGUCGGAUGAGAAGACGUCGGAUGCCAUGAGGCAAUGCGUGCUGGACACCAAGGUCUUUCCUGAGAAAUCGGAAGUGGAUGCCAUUGUCAGAGUGCUCCUGCAGCCCCGCGAUUUGUCGCAAAGAGACGAGCCAAGUGAGACGAGGAUCCCUUUGCCCUUAGUCUUCACGCAAAUCCCAAAGUACGAAGGGGUGAGCAUUGCAGAAGCCUUUCACCAUGCUUGGAGUAGCUUUGGCUGUGGAAAGAUGUUCUUUACCAAGAGCGAUGUUCGAAUCCGCACCGGCCGAAAGACAUGCUUCACACUUUGGGCCGGCUCGGAGGGUGGGAAACACCUCUAUCCCUGGGGCUUCUUCGACUCCAGAACUCGGAGACAGGACGUGCCUGAUCUGGAGCGCUUGAUUGGCCUCCGUGGGUACCUGCCCUUUGGGGCGUGCCGCUUCCUGGCCCCGGGAUGUAGCUACGCCACCGUCUUGUUGGACCCUGUCGCGCGCUAUUUGACUCAUGUGCACUGGGAGUGUACCCAUGGCCAUCCCUUCAAGGAGUGUGAAUCCUUGGCAGAGUACACGCACAAGGCCAUAAGGGGCCAGGUGGGCUUUUAUGGCAUUGACAACUAUCAGACACGGAUGCUCGCCGGCGAUGGCGCGGAGGAUCCAGGUGGUGCACCGUGCUUCGUCCCAGAGAGGUGUCACCAACAGCCGCUCUUCGAGGUCCACGGCCCGCAGCUCCGCCAGGCCAUACACAACCUGGCUUUUCACUAUGCCGUUUGGGGUCUUCUUGAUGAUCUCCGCGCUUUCGCUCAUCAGGUGGCCAAGGUCUAUGGUUACUUCCUGCGCUUGAGCCCGGCCAUUGCGCCGGAGCUGGGGAACUUCUCCAUGGACUUGGUGGAUGCUCAGGUGAGGAAGGAAAUCGAAGAGAUGAAUGGAGCUGACUUGAUCCUCUACCACUUCGUCCGUUGCGUCCUUGCGGCUGGUGGCCCCCGCUUUCAGACGCCCUAAUGGUUCGGAGGAACAGUUCUGGGACACCAAGGGACAGAGGUGAGAUGGAACUGCUAGGUGCCGAAACAGAGUUGAGCCAAGAGGAGUUCCCCGAGCCCGGGACCAGCAGCGCUCAGUCCAUGGCAUGUUAGCAGCCAGAUAUGAUCCGAUGCGGCCCUGGACCAGCAGAUCCCAACUCUUCGGAUGCCGAUGCCACGCCGAUGCCGGGAGGAUGGUGGCAUCGCAACGCCGUGCCGAUCUGCGCUGCGCGGAGGGAAGAGAAGAUCGAUGGGGUCCACCCGAGCGGAGGAUGGAUGCAUGUUGCUGAGAAACAUCGGCCGAAGUGGCAAGUGGUGGAAGGUCUAAUCCUCAGCUUAUGGAAAGGAACACUCCCCUACCAGGCCCUUACCAAAACCAAUGCCAAAUAAUGUGAUUGAAGGACUUUGGAUAUAUACUGUGAUCGUGCACCACUCCC